AUGGACGACCAGACCGAUUCGGCGACUGCCACGGCAGAAACAACGCCUCUCCUAGACCCCUCGCAAGCAAAGGCCCCCCGAUCCGUCUCCUUCAACCCAAACCCCGUCACCCGCACCAUCGAUCCCCUCCCCAUCCGCCGCCCUUCCUCCCGCCAACCACGAACGUCACAAGCCCGCCUCACAUCCGGAUCCUACCCAGCCUUCUCGACCGGCUCGGCGCCCACACCCCCCGUCCUCGCAGCCUUCAACAGCCGUCUCCGCCGACGAAACAGCGGAGGAUCCCUCCCGACCAUCUCUGCCGGCGCGGCGGCAGCAGCGGCAGGAAUGGGUGGCGUGGGCCAGCCGAAGAUCGGACCGCAACGAAGCUCCAAGACGGCGCAGAAGCUCAAGUUGCUCCCGGAACCGGAUCCGUGGGACGAGGUGGACGAGGAGAGCGGGCGAGACGUGUACUCGCAGUUUACGCGGAUCAAGGACCCGACGGCCAGACGGGAUGCGGCGAGGUUGGGGAAGGCGGAUCGGGAGAAGUUGCCGAGGGUGACGGCGUAUUGUACGGCGGAUCGGUAUGAUUUGGAUUUGUUGAUGCGGUAUAUGAAGGGGAAGGGGAAGAAGAGGGGCGCGAAUCCGAAGUUGAUUGAUGAGUGUAUUUAUACGCCGUAUAGCUAUGACUUGGAGGGGGAUGUUGCAAGGAGGCAGGAUAGCGGAUUGGGACUAGGGCUACGGGAGACUACUUCUGUGCCGAGCUACGAGAGGAGGCAUUCUGCCGACGAUGUGGGUGCAGUAUCGAGAGGCUAUGGGCCCGACGUCGCGGCUGCGAGUGAGCCCGAAGAAGCAGCGCCCGGCGAUGCAUACGGUGGUGCUAAUACCACCAUGCGAGUAUCAGACGGCGACCUACACUCAGCCGCCCCGGAACGAACCUCGACGACUACGACGACAGCAGGAACCCUCAUACCAGAGAAUACGCCCGACUUCGACACGCAGGUCCACACGCCUGAGAUCUUCCUAUUUGACUACGGCGUUGUCGUGAUAUGGGGCAUGUCCGUCGCCGAAGAGCAGCGCCUCCUCAAGGAGAUUGGCCGCUUCGAGCUCGAGGGGUUGCCGGCCGACGUGAUCGAGACGGAGGAGUUCAACUUUUACUAUACGCGGGAGUAUCAGCCGCGGAUAUAUAAUGAUUUUAUUACGCUGAGGGAUAAGCAUAACUACAUGACGAAACUGGCCAUUUCGCAUGCCCUAGCCCAGAGCGUCAAGACCUCCCUCUUCGAAGAGCUCAUAACAACCACAAUCGAAACCUGCAAAGAAAUCCCCAACCAAAUCGCCCUCUCGGGCAAAGUCGCCCUCACCCGCUCCCAGAUCAACAUGCAGAUCGGCGAGCUCUUCACCCUACGCAUCAACAUCCACCUCAACGGCUCCGUCCUCGACACCCCCGAGGUCUUCUGGGUCGAGCCCCAGCUCGAACCCGUGUACCAGGCCGUCAGGAGCUACCUCGAGAUGGACCAGCGCGUCGGCUUGCUGAAUGAUAGGCUCGACGUCAUUGCCGAUCUGUUGGCUGUUUUGAAGGAUUUGUUGAGUCAUCGCCAUGGCGAGAAGUUGGAGUGGAUUGUCAUCAUCCUAAUUGCGGCGGAAAUCUUUGUGGCCAUCAUCAAUAUCAUUAUCGACGUGUACGUGGGCAUCUAA